AUAUGCCACUUUCAGGUCUCCUCACACACUGCUGGUGUGUUCAAUUUUUUGACAUAGGGUGCUGGCAGAUUACGGGCCUCCCAUACUGCUGCUGCCAGGCCCCUAAUCUUCCAUGGGCCCCUAUACCGCCUCCUCAUGCUGCUGCCAAGUCCAGAGUCUCUCAUGGGUCCCUGUACGGCCUCCCAUUGCUGCUGUCUCCAUCGCCACACUCUGCCAUGUGCCACUUUCAGGUCUCCUCACACUGCUGGUGGUGUUCCAUAAUUGUCAUAGGGGUGCUGUAUGCCUCCCCAUUGCUGCUCGCCUCCACCGCCACACCUGUGGCUCCACACUCGUUUGGAAUGGCCCCGUGACUGGCCAAAAUGAGUGAAAGUGUGCGGUGAUUCUAAGAUCGACAGGCACUCCAUCGUGCAAUCGUCAUACAUGCCUGACAGUAUUAUUUCUCUUCCCCAGCAGACUCCAAGGGGCAUUUAAAUUAAAGAGAUACGGUGUACAGCACUAAUAUUA